AUGUGGAUCCGCACCAACCGGGAGGGGGGAGCUUUUUUUAUACGGCUGUUCAGUGAGGGCGGGGAGCAUGAGCUGUGGGAGUUCCCGCUGCGGGGGUCCUCACGGUUUCCAGGUGUCCUCAUCUGCCUGGCGCCGGAGGUAGUGACCUGGAAGGCGGGGAACCCGCGGGAGGCCGGGGCGUGCGCUGAGGAGGACGCUCCCUCCGAGUGCGGCUGGGGAGAGUCGGCUCCGGAGGCGGCAGGCGCCGCGGAGGACAUGGAGGCUGGGAGGCCGCGGCCGGUGCUGCGCUCGGUGAACUCGCGCGAGCCGUCCCAGGUCAUCUUCUGCAACCGCAGCCCGCGCGUCGUGCUUCCUGUGUGGCUCAACUUCGACGGCGAGCCGCAGCCCUACCCCACGCUGCCGCCGGGCACGGGCCGCCGCAUACACAGCUACCGAGGUCACCUUUGGCUCUUCCGAGAUGCUGGGACAUAUGAUGGGCUUCUGGUUAACCAAACAGAACUAUUUGUGCCAUCUCUCAAUGUUGAUGGACAGCCGAUUUUUGCCAACAUCACACUACCAGUGUAUACCCUAAAAGAGCGAUGCCUGCAGGUUGUCCGAAGCCUAGUCAAGCCUGAGAAUUACAGGAGACUGGACAUUGUGAGGUCACUCUAUGAAGACCUGGAAGACCACCCAAAUGUGAAGAAAGACCUGGAGCGGCUGACACAGGAGCAUAUUGAAAACCAGCGGAUGGGAGAAGAGACUGAAGAUUUUAACUGAAAUUUGCACUCCUAAGUCUCAGCCGUUGAUGGAACGGGCUAGUCGUAAUCUAGAUACAGGACUGGUCACUUAUGCUCAGUGUCAAGGUCUCAUUCUUAGAGUAAAAAAUGCUCCAUUGCUUAAAAGAAAGUUAUCUGACUUCACUAGGUAUUGUGCUGUUUAGGGGCCAAUAUCACAAAAUGUAAUGUCUGCCCUCUAGAAGUGUUUAUGAAGGGAAAGUAGUUGCCUCCUUGGAAGUCAGGAAAGUGUAAGUAAUUCAGUGAGAAUUGUAGCAUAUUCUUUGAUUGUAAGAAAGCAGUGGUGUCUGCUUUUAAUUGCUGUGUUGUGGUUGGUGAUAUGUCUGCCUCCUGCUUUGAGAAGACUGAGAUGUCCUUGAGGCAGGGACAAAUCUGUCUGCUCUUGGAGACCUCAGUGCCUCUCACAUUAUGAGCCUUCAUCAGUGUUUGUUGAAUGAACAAACCAGUGGAUAUUUUGGUAGAAAGUAUUUGGAAGGUUUGCCCUUUUUUGCAGGGGGAAAAUAGGGGACCUUAAAGUGUGUACAGUAAAUAAAUGUUUUAAAGGGAAUCAUUUUUAUAGAAAGCACUUUUUAUAAUUUUAUACAUUUUGUGCUUUUUUUCUGUUCACUAUUGUUCCAGUGCUGUUUUAUUACUGUUUCUAAACCAGGAUUAGCUUUUUAUAGUUACUGUGAUGCUAGCUCUUUUGAAACUUGACAUCUACCCAGAGAUAGGAGAAAAGAGCUGUCCUCUUGUUUAAUAUGAAGUAGAUACUACCAUACUGUAAAUAGGUCUCUGGCAAGUGUGGGUAUUUCUGUUUCUUUUUGUAAAUCCAUGACAUUUCUGUUUGGUUCAACAUUUUCCAUCCGGCAGGAUAUGGUGACACUUAGCACCUGGCUGGAGGAGAGGACGAAGCCCUCGCAGCUCGGGGAAGUUACUGCUCACACACAGUGGAUUCAAAGAGUAGCCUGGAAUGUUUUAUAGUUUCAUACUUUCUUAUAGGCUGGACUUAAAUUCAUUCAUACUUCUAUCAGGCUUCCUUUUGUGUAACAGUUUUAAAAAAAAUCAGUAGAUAAAUUUUUGGAAAAGACAGAAAAGUAAAAGGAAGAAAAAGAUCACUACAGAUAAACUACUUAAACACAAUCACUAACUUAACAUUUUGAAUUUUCAGCCCCUUUUAGGGCAACUUUUGGUUCGUUUGUUUUUACAUAGUUGAGGUUAUAUUGUACGUACAAUUUUAUAUUCUUUCUCAUUUAACUUUAUAACUUAAAUAUCUUCUAUGGCAUCUUUAUAAGCUCUCCAUAGACAUUAGUACAAUCUUUGUCUUGUAAAAUAAUGUUGGGAAAUUUCUUUAGUUCCUGUGCUAACCUUUGAGCACAAUUCCUAUGCUCUGCAGAAUGAAGUGAAUGAAACAAACACCCCGAAGUUGUCUCACUAUACGUUGUUUCACCCAGUCUGGUUCCCCGCUUCAACAUUCAGCAAAAUAGUUGGCUUUUAGGCCGCUCUGAGAGAAAAGAGCCUGUUGUAGCACUCAUUCAGUGAUAAAGCUAUAAAUAUCUAAUUUUUUAGGUAGGGAAGAAGGAAUGCUGGUACAGAAGGUAGCAAUGUGAGUUCCAUAGUUGGAUAGGAUGGGGAUUUAAGGAAGUCUGCUGGUGCUGGAUUAGUUCGAUGUUGGUGUUAUUUUAUUUUUAACCUGUCUGUGUCAAAAUGAGAUUUCAUGUUCCAGUUGUUAAAACAUGCAGUUUGAGUACUGUGUUUUUUGUGUUGUCCAAGGAAGAUUGAAAAUCUGUAGCAUGAAUAAUAUGUUUUUUGUUUGAAGUCUUAUGAAUGUAUUAAAUGUAUUAAAAGAC